AUGAAGUCUCUGUUUUUCACUUUUCUUGCGUCCCUGACCUUGGCCCAUGCCAACCCCUUGCUGGAGGCUCGAGGUGUCUGCAAUGCAGAUAACUGCGCAAGGGCCAUCACAGGCAGUGCGGCACAACAAGCCCUUGCCACUCGACAAGCCGACUGCUCUGCUUUCCUGAGUCCUUUUCCCACUCCCACUGUACCAGCAUACGCCUCGGCUUGCAGUGGUUCGGUCCGCUACAGCAGCGCAUGUGCAUGUCUUGGUUACACUGCUUCUCCGACACACUCCUGUCUCAGUCCGGCUCAAGCAACAUCGAUCGUCAACACCUUUGCCUCCCUGUUGACCGCCCCUCAAGCCCCAGAUUUCACGUCCAAGGCCAAUGCUCUGCUGGCGGACUCAUUCACAGACACCAGCGGCUCCAUCAAUUUCCUGGCCGGUCAAAAUAUCAGUGCCGUGACAUUCCCCAGCAAGGCAGCCUUUAUUGGCGGGCAGGGAGCGCAGCCACCGAUUCCGAGUCUGACCACACUCGAUAUCUUCUACACUUGCGACAAGAUUGCAUGGCGCUGGGUUGCUCAGGGGAUUGGGUCCGAUCAAUAUGAGGUCAAGGGCAUUGAUACCUUCACGAUCACCCACUCCGGCCAGAUCAGCGCGGUGUUUGCGGAAUUCAAUAGUGGUGCUUGGUUGGCUGAUAUCGGAAAUCCACAAUGCCAUUCGUCCACGUCGUGA